AAGCUUUUUUCAUAAUUCAACAGCUGCUAAAUGUUUUGAUUUAAUGUUUAAGUCGUUUAUUACUUCAACUUUUGUGACCUCUGAAGCCGUUUACAUCACUCAUUUUUACUGUUAAUUUUUCAAAACUGUUAAUUUAUGGCUACAACAUCUGAAUCUCAGCCAGCCAAGAAAGAACCUGGUUGGUUUGAGGUCGAAGACGAUUUCAACACUCAUGUUUACGUUUCAAAUCUACCACUGGACACAACCGAAGAGGAAUUCAUCACAUUAAUGAAAAAAUAUGGACUACUGAUGAAAGAUCCUGAAACUGGAAAAUUCAAAAUUAAAAUGUACACUGACAAAGAAGGUAAAUUUAAAGGAGAUGCUUUAUGUUCUUACAUCAAGGUUGAGUCAGUGGAAUUAGCCCUACAAUUAUUGGAUGGUGAUACAUUCAAAAAUAACGUCAUCACCUGUGAAAGGGCUCAAUUUCAAUUAAAAGGUGACUACGAUCCUAAGAGAAAACCAAAAAUGCAAAACAAGAUGAAGAAGAAGCUUAAAAAGAAGGUUGACAGAUUAUUUGAUUGGAGGCCUGAAAAAUUGCCAGGAGAACGAGCUCAUCGAGAAAAAACUGUGGUGAUCAAAAAUUUAUUCGAUCCAAAAGAGUUUGAUGAAACACCCGAAGCUAUUUUUGAAUAUAAAGAAGAUGUUAUGGAAGAAUGUUCAAAUAAAUGUGGCCCUGUAAAGAAAAUUCAAUUAUUUGAUAAACACCCGGAAGGAGUUGUAUCUGUUACCUUCGAAGAUCACGAUGCAGCUGAUAAAUGUAUUGAGUUGAUGGAAGGGCGAUGGUAUGCCAAACGCAAACUGUCCGCAAGUCACUGGGAUGGCAGAACUAAAUACAAAAAGGAAGAACAACUUCUGGAAGAACCUGAGUAAUAGAGUUCGACUUGAUUACUCAAGUUGCUAUUGAAUUGUUUACCAUGCUUGUAAUAGAGAACUGAAAAAGAUUUAAUCUGAGAAAUUUCACUUUCCCAUUUUUUCAUUCUCUUAUAAACACUGGCCAGCUCCGCUUAACGUUCAGUUAUUUAUGAAUAAAAAGUUAUGCGUGUUUCAUUCCUUCAUGCAGGCAGAGUUGAGUUCAAAAAACUGCUUGAUUUGCUAAUAAAUUGAUUAACAGCAUUCGACACAAAGCCGA